AUGGGGGACAGCUACGCAGAAAAUCGCUUCAUUCGACCAAGAUUCAGUCCUAGGUCACCUCCUAAUGACGAGGCCCUGGAAAGCGACUCGAUCAAUUCUUUGCCCCAGCUCAUUCGCCACAAUGCCCUCUACAACCCUGACAGGAUUUUUUGCAUUCAAGGCCAAGAGAGCUCGGAGAAUCCGCUUCCGAUAAGCUUCAAACUACUGGAAAAUGCCGUAUCAGCCUGCUCUUCGUGGGUUGAGGAACAACUUGGACUGGGUAGGGAUGGGUCUGAGCAACGCGUGAAGUGCCCUGUUGCGCUUUAUAUGAAGUCAGAUGUGGGGUUGUUCAUCUACAUCGCCGCCUUGUUGGCUUCCAACAUUCCGGUGGUGCUUCUCUCUACACGUCUCAGCGAGACGGCUGUCAAUCAUCUCCUAAAAGAGACAUGCGCAUCAACACUUCUUGUCUCCUCUCGGACUCGACGAGGUCUUUCGCCGCAGACUGCGACGCUGGUUACUCUAAUAGACGCUAAGCCAUACCGACAUUUUCUGGACGUCAAAAGUUCACUGGAGGGGCGCCAGCUCAUUGGUGAUGAGAAGGACCGAAAUGUAUUGAUUUUACAUUCAUCCGGCACGACCGGCCUACCGAAGCCCAUAAGGUUGGCACAUCGCUACCUGCUGGGCUAUGCAGCUUGUCAUGAUUUCGCCGAGAACGAGGAAACAGAUUGGCGCAAUCUAUCUACACUCCCGUUGUAUCACGGAUUCGGGCUCCUAGCUCCUUGUUUGAGUCUGUCAAUAGGAAUGACAUGCUGCUUCCCACCUUCGAACACGAUUCCGGCGGGAGAGUCCACCGCAGCUAUGACGGCUCUCGCGACAUUGCGAUUCGUAGCUGUAGGUGGUGGUCCAAUCAAACCUCAAGUUGGCGAAGUACUAGCAAGCAACGAUAUCAAAUUGCUUAAUCACUAUGGAGCGACCGAAAUAGGUGCCGUUGCCUACAUCUUCUCACCCGGGGAAGACUAUGAUUGGCGGUACCUCAGAUUGCGCCAGGACAUUGGCUUGCAACUUCGACCUUUGAGUGAGGCCGGCUCCUCCCCAACAUACAGGCUUACAGGCUUUCCGUGUGCAUGGGACGAACCAUUUGAGAUUCAAGACGAGCUAGAAAUGCGUCCAGAAUCAAAGUUUGUGGAGGUCAAGAUCCUGAGGAGGUCCGACGAUCUGAUUGUGCUGAAGACUGGGGAAAAAGUGGCCCCCGGAUUAUUGGAGGAGGCACUGCUAAAAGACCCUACUGUGCGUAGCGCAAUCUGCUUAGGCAACGGAGCAUUCGAACUAGUUCUACUUGUUGAACCAGCUCGUUCCGUGGAGCUUAGUCUGGAUUCUUUCGUUGACCACAUUUGGAGCUUGGUCAACGAUAUCAAUCCCUUGCUGGACCAACACGCGCGCAUAUCUUCCAAGGCAGCGAUCAUUCCCAAACCCCCAGGAAAAGAAAUACGACGGUCUGACAAAGGAUCGGUGAUGCGAAAAGAGGUACAGGAAGACUUCAAGACAGAAAUACAGCAGGCCUACGAGGCUCUGGAGUCUUCUGCUCCGCUUCAGAUCCUGCAACCGGAAAAUCUCGGUAUUCAGCUAGUCAACUUGGUCAAAAGCUUGUUGGUGGAGUCUGGAAGGGCUUCAACGACUCUUGAUCUGAAUGACGACAUGUUUGAGGCUGGUCUGGACUCUUUGGGAGCCGUGCGUCUCACUCGCGCUAUAAACGCUUCUGUGCGAAACUCAUCGACAGUGAAGCCACCGGUCCUCAAGCCCGAUUUUGUCUACCGAAACCCAACCUUCAAGCUCCUUGCUCACGCACUGAAACCGUUCCUUAUGGGGGAGUACCAGCCUUCAGUUCAAGAACAGAGCCGAGAAGUACGGAUGAGGUCGAUGUUAUCACACUUUCUCGAUGGUUGUUCCAGUGUAGCGAACUCUGGUGCGGUUGUUCUUCUCACGGGAUCCACCGGCAGUCUGGGCGUCCAUGUCCUACGACAAUUGGCGAUGAGCUCUCAAGUCCAGCGAGUCCUAUGUUUGAACCGUCCAGGUUAUAGGAACGGCGUACGCUCAAGUCAGACUUCCCGGCAGACGGAUGCUAAUACAGCUGCUGGGAUUUCUCUCUCCGUGGACAUGUGGGCAAAAGUCGAGUUCCUGGACGCCAACAUGCAAGCGUCAGAUUUGGGCAUCACCAAACAAGACUAUAGUCGUCUCACAGGAUGCGUGACGCACAUAAUGCACCUCGCCUGGCCGAUGGACUUCAAACGCAGCCUCAAGAGCUUUGAGCCUCAUGUGCAAGGCACAAAAGCGCUGGCUGAUCUGGCCAUUGCUACAUAUGAGGCUAGUGAUCGAAAAUUGAAACCACGGCUCUUGUUUGCUUCAUCGAUUGCUGUCCUCGCACGGUACGAGAAUGAGCAGAACCACCUGUCACAGCUCCGAUGGGAUACGCCGAGGCCAAGUGGGUUUGUGAGCAACUGCUUCAAUCAAUGGGGAAUCAUGAAGGCGACAAGUUCGAUCCAAUGA